AUGGUUUACGAGCUUGGCGACAACUACGAGUGUGCAGCAAGGCGUCUUAAAGCACAGACAACGCGCCUCUUGAAAGGAGAUUCGUUGAUUAGGGAAUACGACGCCUGCAUAAGAAACUACAUAGAAAAGGGCUAUGCAGAGCCAGCCAGCAAGGAUUACGGCACGUCGGAAGGUCCGGUGUACUAUAUGCCACAUCAAGCAGUUGUUCGUCACGAAAGCCAGACGACAAAACUGAGGGUAGUAUUCGAUGCAUCAUCAAGUGCCAAAAAUCGCCUCUCACUGAACAAUGUUUUGGAAAGUGGCCCAAACAGAAACCCAGAGCUCAUUGAUCUGCUGAUCAGUUACCGCACUUACAACAUUGCCAUCGUUGCGGAUAUUGAUAAGGCCUUUCUCCAAAUAUCCCUAUCAGAGGGCGAUCGGAACGCUGUGCAGUUCCUCUGGUACGCUAUGACGCCAAAGAAAGGGGAAGAACUUCCAGCUGUGGUGACCUAUCGGAUGACUCGCGUGCCGUUCGGUGUCACGUCGAGCCCAUUUCUCUUGGCUGCAACGUUGCAACGUCAUCUUGAAGGCCUGCCGGAACAGUAUGCUAAGACUGCGGGUAUCCUGCGCAAGCAUCUUUACGUGGACGACCUUGUAACUGGGGUUGACUAG